GCCGAGGUUUGCGGUAAGGGGGUGAGUAAUUGGACACCAUGGCCAUCUGUCAUGCGGGACAAGAGCAGGCCCUGCUACGGAAGCCGAGAUGUAAUGCGUUGGUUGGUCGUUUACGGGGAGGCGAAUCCCCACCCGAAAGUAUGGCUGCCGUGAGUGUGUGGUGUGAGAGUGCGAUAGGGAGAAAUGAAAGGAGGUGGAAAAGGAACCACAGAGGCUAAACUUAUCGUAAUGUUUCUUCCACCCCAUCCAAGCAUUGUAGUAUUUUUCUAUACUUGUGAUCAAAUAAGGCUCACGUCCCUCUGCAGACGUUUUACUGAUGCACCAGCAGCAGUUUUUUUUGUGUAAACCCAUAACAGGGUUUCGCACCGGGGCAAGUUUCCUCAUGUUUUAGGAUGGCGAGCUGAACGCACCAAAAAAACGGCCGUUUAUAAUUUUACUAAGUGUCAGUUAUUUUUUCAGAUGGCAGGGGUGCGUCCGGCGGCGCCGUGUCUGACGGGCGGCUUCCCUCUGCCGUAGCCCAGGUGGCUCUUCGCUGCUCGCCGCUUGCGGCCGGACGGGUAGCGUUAGCUGCCGACGCUGCAUGUGCUUCUUAGUCCAUUUUUUGUCUGGCAAAAAUGAAUCUCAAGUUUUGAUAAACCAGUUGCUUCGCCGGGGAUUUACUUCCCGGUUCAAUGCCCACGAGAAAACGUUGAUUUUCGAUUUUGAGUCUGUUUUUUUUAGACGUUGUUUUAUCAUUUUAAAAAAAAAUUUGCAUUAACGGGUCUGAAGUUGGGAGAGAAAUGCGUGAGUACAAAGUGGUGGUCCUCGGCAGCGGCGGGGUGGGCAAAUCCGCCCUUACCGUGCAGUUUGUCACGGGAACCUUCAUCGAGAAGUACGACCCGACCAUCGAGGACUUCUACCGCAAGGAGAUCGAGGUGGACUCGUCGCCCUCGGUGCUGGAGAUCCUGGACACGGCCGGCACGGAGCAGUUCGCCUCAAUGCGGGACCUGUACAUCAAGAACGGCCAGGGCUUCAUACUGGUCUACAGCCUCGUUAACCAGCAGAGCUUCCAGGACAUCAAGCCCAUGAGGGAUCAGAUCAUUAGAGUCAAACGGUACGAGAGGGUGCCCGUGAUCCUGGUGGGCAAUAAGGUGGACCUGGAGAGUGAACGGGAGGUGUCACCAGGUGAGGGUCAGGCCCUGGCCCAGGAGUGGGGCUGCCCCUUCUUGGAGACAUCUGCCAAGAGCAAGACCAUGGUGGAUGAACUGUUCGCCGAGAUCGUGAGGCAGAUGGACUACGGUUCCCAGCCGGACAAAGACGCCCCCUGCUGCUCCUCCUGCAGUUUGCAGUAGCGCUCUGGGAUCAAGCCAAGCGGCAUGCCGCCUCCAGGGGACACGCCUCCACAAGCAGUUACAAAUAAACACAAUAAAGGUGCAAAAAAACGGGAGCUUGAUGAGUGUGACCUUCUGAAUGCUGAAGCAGUCAUAACUGUGACGGUGAUGGAACAUUACAUGUGUGGAGGCAUGAUGGCAGAGAUUAUUGCCAAACUGCUGAAAGGUGCUCUUGAUUUAGCUCUAAGGGGUGGGGGGUCAUUGGCCUCGAUUUAAGUUUUUUCUGAAGUAUGACUGUUUGGUUGUAGUUUUUCAAAUUUCCGUUAUUAGUCUGAAUUGUUAUUUACCUCCCCCAUGACACCCCCCCUUCAGUCCCCUCUGGCGUGGUCGCUCUCACCUCAGCACGCUUGUAACUCGCCUACCUUCCGCCCUCCUCACCUUCUGCAUCCUCAAUACCCAUGCAGAAGUGUGUGCCUUGAUCUGGAGGUGGGGGGGUCCUUUCUCUCCUAAUGGAAUUAAAAAGGCGAUGAAAAAAGUAAUGCCUUCCAUGACAACCAUCUCUGCUUACAGCCGCCUUUCUGUUUGACGUAGAACAGAGGACAAUGCGUCUUGGUUGGAAGUCCUGACGUUGUUCGUUGCUCUUGCAUCCCCUGCCCCCGAAGGUCACCCAAGACAGUGUUUUUAAAUGCCUGAUGGGCUGGCUGCCUAUGGGAAGUUCCAGAAGGACAGUAACUUCUGCAUUCUCAUUGACUGGCACAUUCCCCAGAACCACUGUAACUUUGUCAGAACUCAUCCAUUAUGUAUUUGGGAAUAUAGGUUGUGUGUUCUUAUGGUAUUAACAGUAUGGAAAUCAAAGGCACAUAUGUGUGUAUGCGUGUGUGUGUGUUUGGUUGUGACAGUGCGUGAGCUUCACAGAAGACCCUGAUCUCACAUCUGGGGGGGUCGUCAGCCUUAAUGCAUGGCCAGCUAGCAAGAACAACAAAAGAAACCUGUAGUGUGUUAUUUUUAUGUCAUCGAAUUGUGAGUCGGACCUCAGGAAUUUGAUGCCGUCAGAACUUUGUUCCUUCCAACUUAAGUCCCUUUCUUACACCAAAUGGACGAUGGUACAUAUUAUUUCUGGGCAGGAGGGAUUUUUAAUGGCCCAGCCCACAUAUUGCCUCUGAAAAAAAAUAUUUUCAGGCAGGUCUUCUUCUGAUUCAGCAGCUAAGUGAUUUUUACAGAUGCGGAUUUGCCAGAUGUGCUGCCGCUCCUCUCCGUCCUGAGCCAUUAGCAAACGGCAGGAGCUCCGUGAGCACGCCGGCCGCUCCGUGAGCACGCCAGCCGCUCCGCGAGCUCGCCGGCCGCUCCGCGAGCACGCCGGCCGCUCCGCGAGCACGCCGGCCGCUCCGUGUUCAGACACCAUGAUCCGCCUUUGGUCCUUGAAACAGCCAGCAAAGCACGCAGCUAAAUCACAUCCACUUUUUGUUUUCAAUUUAUUCACGUUUCACACAUGCUGCACGUGAACCCCGACCUGCUUCCCAACUUAAAGAAAUUUAAUUGGGGUUGGGAGGAGCAUUUUUAACCUUGGGGUGCGAUGUUUACUUCAGGUCUUCUGGAACCUUCUCCCGGGCUGACCUCAGAUUCAGUGUGUAAUUCUUCAGCAGCAUUUGUUAUGUUAAUGAUGCACUCGACAUGUUAGAAGCCAAAACGGCGCUUUGGGAGCAAGAAUAAAGCAGACGUUACACCACCA